AUGGAUCAUCCAGGCCCCUCGCAACCUCCACUCCCACCAUCGACAACGGAAAACCCAGUCGUGGUAGUUGGGCGGAACGUAAAGUUACUGCUGAGUUCGCACCAACGGCCAAGCAUCCGAAUCCUACGCAAUAGCUCAGUUCCACGCGCCGUACCUGCGACUCAAGACUUUGCAGAGAAACCUCUACCUGAAUUGCUACCUCGUGGAAAUGUACAAAGAUCCGAAGGCGGUGCAGAAUUUGCGGCACAGGAUGGUGCUCAGACAGAAUCUUCCCCUACUUUAUCAAGACAAAACACGCUCGCCAAUCGUUUUGCUGGCGCUCGAAACCGCGCUGGGUCUGUAGUGCAGUCAAUCCUCGGUCGUGGUGAAAAUUCUGCCGAAGAUGAUAAGCCCUUUGAGAACGAGAAUGAGUACGAUACAAACACGGUUGACCUGUUGGAUGUCAUGGGCAAAGUUACGGAGAGCGCUCAAGAGACGCGCACAAUCGAUAGGCUGAAAACCAAAUUGAAACGCAUAGCAGGACUAGGGGAGGAAGGAGAGGAGAAAAGAAGAGAGGAUAGCUUGUGCAACUGCCAAUAUGCCAUCUUGCCAGAUGACAAAACGCUCGAAGGCUGGACACAGGCGGACAAGGAGGAGCUGGAUGAUCGUGUUAGACAUAUGCUCCAUUCACGACGAGCGAAAAUGAAACGUGCCUUGAAGGGUUUUGGGCAGUAUGUCCGGCGACUUUACGCUACUCUAAUUACACUUUUCGGUGCGGCAUGGGUGUUCUUCCUCAUCGGCUGGAUAUCUCUGGGUUCGAAGCAAGACUAUGUUGUUAACGUCAUCGACAACAUCAUGGUAGCCCUCUUCGCAAUCAUUGGUGACGGCUUGGCUCCUUUCCGUGCCGUCGACACCUAUCACAUGAUCUAUAUCGCGCAUUACCACCGCAAGACCUGGAAAAAAAGAGAGAAACUCGGUCUCCCUGAACUGGUAGAUCACAACGAUCUCCCCGAUAACCGAAAAGAAGACAUCCAGCCCGCGGAAGUCGACCUCGAGAGUCUCGUCGCCCAAAGAAUGCCCCGCAGUCUCGCUCGCAGAGUCGCUCCCCGGAUCCCAAAGAGAUAUGCUUCUCGGAUGAUUGCGCGCAGCACCCCUGAACCAUCAUACGACUACUCGGUCCUGACUGAAGAAGAGCAAACCAAGCUGGAGUACCAUGAAAGGAAGUUCUCGAAGUCUCACACGUUCUACAAACCUCAUGAGACGGAGACGCACUACGCGUUCCCGCUCAAGCUCCUCAUCGUCGUUGUCGUGUUGCUGGAUCUCCACUCUUGCCUGCAAAUCACGCUUGGUGCGUGUACAUGGGGCAUUAACUAUCAUACGCGACCGUUCGCUCUUACGACCGUAAUUUUGUGCUGUAGCAUCACCUGCAACAUCACAGGCGGGGUGCUCAUCUCGCGCGGCGACAAGAAGACGCGUAAGAAGGAUGUUAUCGAGCGCAUGAUGAGGCAAGAGCUCACUUCGGAAGCAAUCGAGGAAAUGGAAAUGCGCUGGAUGAAGGAAGCCGAAGAGCGGGGCGAGAUCGACAAUUCUGUGAGGAAGAGGCGCGAGGAGGCGCGGGAUGCAGAGGAGACCGAGGAGAUUAAGAAGUCGUGGAAAGUCGUCCCGGCUCUGCCGAAAACGUUGCUUGGCAAAGGGGUCGACCAUCGGCAGCCAUCGCUGCCACAGGAGGCUAGGAGGUCGGGGUCGAACGUCGAUGUUGCGGCUUCGAGUUCAAGUUCUGUGAAGAGGAAACCUGCGUCGAAAAGUAGCUCGGCGUUGCCGUCUUUGCAGGAAGGAGUCGCGCAGCCAUCGCGUCCGAAUCCGGCGCUGACAAGAGGCGAGGAUCCAAUUAAGGAGGGGACGGGGCAGAAGGUUAUGAGGCUUGUAAGGAGAGCAGAUUUGGAUAGAAGCUAA